UUAAAUUUUUAUAGAGGAAAACUUAAACUCGCCUAUAAAUUAGAUUUGAUUGAAUUUGAGAAAGGUUUUGUUAAUGAGAGUGAGCAUUUUCUAUUUGCUGACGUGCAUGUCAAACUUUUAAGACUUGCAACUAAUAGUGAAGAGAUAAGCUACACAGACAGAAUAAGAGACUUAUUUUGGAAAAACGUUAUCAUAGCUCUCGUGUUAAAAUAUUUAUCAAUAAAAUCUUCAAAUUGUAUUGAUAAAAAAUAUAUUGCUGCGGAAGAACUAGAAUUUAUUCACAUAUUAGAAAAAAACAGCUACGGGGAUUUGAACAGUCUUCAAAAGGUUGCUCUUCUUUAUCACAUGUGUUCGUUGGCUUCUGAAACUGAACUAUUUCGAGAAUUUGCCGACGAACUCAUCGGUUUUGAUCUUCUGCGAGGAGUAAUUAUUGGAGAGGACCGUUUUAAACGAAAGUAUUGGUACUUAGGAGAUCUUCGCCUGUACAGGGAAACUCUGCCUGUUAAAGCUAUCAAAAGAAAAGUCAGCGGAAAGAAUUUGCAGUCCUGGGAGGUCGUGUGUGCCACUUCUCAUGACUGGCUAGCGUUUACUGGAGAAUUGGAGAACUCGAGGAAUGCCGAGGAAAAAAGUCUUCUGAGAUACGUGAAACAGCAGCUUAUGGAAUCCGUUCUUGCAUCUUUAAAGCGCGUCGAGUAUCAACGGCGCACAGGCCAUGGCCACCACCAACCACUAAAGCGCUCUGCAAGGAUCCAGCAGCACCUUCUGCAGAAGAAAGAGGAGGAAGAGUUUUUAUUUUUAAAAAAAGAGGAAGAAAAACUUGCGCGUUUGCAGAAGGCUAAAGAAGAAAAACUAUUAAAUAAAAUCAUGAAACUCGCCGGAUCGCAGGAAGACUACGAAAAAUGGAUGGCCAUGCUUCCUUUAGUUGAUAUGGAACGCCUACGUCACGAGAAAGAAGAAAGAACUCGGUUGGAACUUCUUGAAAAAGAACUUAAAAGAUUAGAGCGAGCGGAAAGGUUGGCUAGGCGAACGCAAAGCCUCUACUUUGAAGGUCAGGGACCCACUUCGCUUUUACCAGGGAGGUGUAGUGACCCAAAUGGAGAAAGUGAUAGCCAGAGCACACCGCCCCAGACAGCCACCAUUCCUCAAUAUUGUGACCUCUCUGUAACGAAGCUACCGUAAAAAUAAUGAUUAGCAUAGCUAUACACCCCGCCUUCAACUAAAGGCUUAAAAUUUAACCUCAGCAGAGGAAAUAUAUUAACA